AUGUACACGACGUCGUACGAAGCUACGCCGCUGGUCGCGGUCCCGACCGCCUCGCUCGUGCGCGAGGUUGACGACGACUCGUUCACGGACCACGUGUUUCGCCUCCUUGGCAGCCCGUUCCAGCUCGUGACUGUGCUGCUUGUGCCGUACCAUGCGUUCAACUUGCUCUUCGCGGUCGCCGCCGCCGUCGCCGUCGUUGCCGGCACGGCGCUGGGCCUUGGCCUCCUUCCGCUCUGCUGCUUUGGCGUCCUCGUGCUGCAAGGCGUGCUCUACUUGAUGUUGUCGCUUGCAAAAGUCGACGUAUCGCUCUACAACUGCGUCGCGCCGCGCGGCGACCGCAUUCUCGAUACGUUCCACAUGCCGCGCCAGGGGCCGUUCCGGUUUGCGGGCCAGAGGCUGUCGCCGGGCCUCACGCAGCUCUUCUCGCAAGAGUCGUUUCUUGGCAUGUUUUACUUUGUGUUGGUCAAGUGCCCCCUCACGCUACUCGCGAGCGUCUCGUCGCUUGGGCUACUGGCCGUCGUUAGCGCCUGCUUUGCCUUUCCGUUCCACUACGACUUCUUCGUGGACCACAAGGACCUCUUGGCGCUGCGCUUUAAGCACGGCACGCUGCGCACGCAUGGCGUGAUCGAGACCUUUCCGCUGGCCGAGAGCGACUGGCCCCAAGUCGCUGUCUUUGGGGUUGUCUUACUCUACCUCACGUGCGUGUGGAUGCACGUCUGCGCCAUGGCGCUCCGUGCGACAACGAAAGCGUUCUUGUGCGAGUACUUUACAGCAUCGGGCGUCGUCUACUGCCACGGCCAAGGCCCGUCGUUGCCGCCGCCGUCGGCGCCGCCGCUCUAUGGCUCGGCACAACCGGCAUACGCGUACGAAAAGCAGUGA